CUUCAUAGUUGUAAAAUUACAAAUAAGCAAAAUAUGUUAGAUAAGAGAUUUAGGGUGUUAAGACUAAGGGCAUGGUAGGAAAACGCGCGGGUGAAUGUCGUCGAAAAAAGAGUACUUAACGAGAAGUAAGGGAAAGGAAAUAGCGGAGAAAGAAUACCGUGGAUUUCGGCCACCGUAUAGAAACCCGAAAGUCAUCGGUUCAAAGAGCCUUCAGGAGUUAGAACAACUUUUCAGUCAAAAAAGUGGAAGCGAGGUCAAGAAUCGGAGUGACAAAAGUGACGACGUAAGCGUUUUGGAGUUGGUAACAGAGAACCGGGUUAAUCGUGUCGAAACUGGUGAGUCGACAGAAAGAGGUGACGAAAGAAAAGUGGACGCAAUGGCGAAUACGACGCUUCAUGAGGUCCUUAAUGCGACAAAAACCUCGGCACCGUUGGCCGAGACUUUCCGGAUGUUUAGCACACCAAAUAUGAGUAGGGUGGAUAUCAAAACCCUGGUAUUUAAGAUAAGUGACGUCAGAGGGAUGACGUUGAUGAACAACCUAGUGAUAGAAAAUUAAUUAUUUUUUUUUUUUGUUUAGCAAUAAAAAUAGGUUAGAAUAAGUUAGACUAAAAGGUUCUGGGAAAUGUUUUUACGUGGAAUUAAUAUUGAAAUAUUUUAGAUUUUGACUUUGUUGUAACAAAAGUAAUAGGGAAGCCGAAGAGCAAGAUUGAAUUUGCGAAAGAAAACAGGUAAGACAGGUACCAAGAGAGGACAAGAGGGAAAAGAAACUGCGGAAAUUGAUGCCCGGGAGAAGAGGACAUAAGAGGUGUCCAAGUAGAAAACUUGUGGUGAAGUGGCCGCAAGUCUUGGCAAGGGGUUGCCAAGUCCGUGGUGGUGAAGCCACGAGGUUGAAGCACAGGAGGUGCUGGAAAAAAAAUUUUGUGACACAGAGGUCGCAAGUCCGUGGCGGGGUAGUCACGAGGGUCCGUGGCGGAAUAGUCACGUGGGAGAAGCACAGAGGGUGCGAAGAUUAGGGCYAGGAGUACCGUGCUACGUCGAGAAGCAUGAAGAAUUUCCGUAGGUUUGAAUCAAAGACAAAAGGAGAACGGUAGAAAAGAGUGAGUGCCUGUGSGGUAGAAUUAAUUUUUUUUAGGAAGAGAUCUCUCGGAAAGUGAAACAUCGGCGAAGUUUAGGAAAAGAAGAAUUAGGAACUGGCCAUUCCUGGUUCAUUUCAUCACGUAACAAGGCGAAAGUAGGAAAGGGAGAUCGAACCAUGUUGAAGCAUUAAGAGGAAUUAAUAUAAAAAGUCAAAAUCGUAAGUAGGUUUAUAAUUUUUAUUGGGAGAAAUUGAAAAKYYGAACAUUUUGGAAAAAMAUCCAUAAGUAAUAAAUUUCGGYUUUAAGUUUAAAUUACKAAGUUUGAGUGUAAUGUGGCUGAUCAGCAGAAAGCUAAAGACAGUCACAUUCCAGUCAAGGUCGAUGCAGCAAGAAUGGAUGACGCGUUGAAAAUUCAUUCUUGUCAGCACCAUAUSUUAGAGUAAACAAAGUAAUGUAAAGCUGAAAGGCUCCGGUUUCAAAAUAUUGUUAGUAUUAAGAUAGGUAAGGAUUAAUUGUUAAUUGUUUGUUUCUUUUUCUGUCCAACGUCCACGAGAAGAGACUCGAGGAAGGAGAUGAACACCAGGGAUCGAAUGGUCGGUYGGGGAGAGCUGAAGGAGAGGCGGGUUGCUACAAAGGGAGAAAGUAAAAACGUUACCGGGAAACCUCGUUGUGCACCAAAACGAAGAAAUUAAGGACUUCUUAGACCAGAACAACAAGUCGGAAGUUCCUGUCGAUUAAARUUUCUGUGACGUAACAAGGUCGAUGAAAGAAAAUGAGAAGAAAAGUUAAAUGUUGGUGACAAUGAAGUAAGAACAAAAGUUGCGAGGGUUGGAGACCUAGCGGCCAAGCUCAAAUAACAUCAGGCCGCUACAGGCGUACGUUCGAUGAGGGUGGACCUUCAAACAAGAGAAGCCUUGGUCCACGCACGCUAAUCCGGAAGCAUCUCCCUGACCUGAGCCAUUUGAAGAAGGAAGAGUUUUACACAAUGGUGGUGUUCACGUACAAGAUCGAUCGAGGAGGACGUUGAUGUGGAUCGUUGGCAGACUUUAGAAUUGUAAUUGUUAGGGUAGAUUUAAGGUGGUUUGUCGAGGCGACAAACUUGUGAGGCCGGGCAUAUGUCACAAAGGGGGUCAACUUCCUGGUAUUCCGUAACGAGUUGUGUUUCGAAAGGUUGGUUUUGCUAACAUUUGAAUUCCUAAGUUCCGAACUGGAGCGCGGGG